CAGAUGCAGAGACAGUGGCUCAAGCAGUGGGUAGCUUUGUCGCUUGGCCUGGCCGUCUUCUUACAUUAGGACAUCCUUCAAAGUCUAAGGGGAAGAAGAGCCUAUUGGGUGAUCACUCAUUAUCAUCACCACAGAAGCAGCCCUCUGAGCCCGUUCAAGUGGUAUCAUCAAGAUUCCGAAUAUGUCUUGAGGAAUAUGCAAUUGGGGCCAGAUUAGAACAUGGCGAGGAUUUCAUGAUUCCCCUAGAGUUUGAGCCAGAGGUAUACGGUCGACCCUCGUCAGAUUAUGUCACAAAUGAAGUAUUGAAAGAGAUUCUGACGCAUGGAAUGGCCAGCACAAAUGCCUGUAACUUUUAUAUCAGAUAUCUUUUCAAGAACUUCAUAGCCCCUGGUGGCCUUGAUGACAAGUUCAAGAUUAUCAGCCCCCACACUUUUGCUGGCCACGGACCUAAUAUGAAGAAAGACUUAUCCAGAGACUUGUUAGAUAUCUUCAUUUCUAGGGCAACACCGGGGGCUCAGACUUUGUUUUUGGCGCCUUAUUGUCAAGGGUAA